AUGACACCUAGCUAUCAGAAUGCGUGUACAUCCCCCGAGCUUCUAAGGGACUUCAUUACAUGGCAGGUUCAUGGAGAGGCCGGGAUUUGUAAAGCCUUUUGUAAAAUUCAUCACUAUUUCAACAAAAAAUUCAGUAAAUUGGACAUGGAGAUUAUAUCCAAAGAGAUUAUCAAACCUUCUUCUCCAACCCCUAAUCAUCUCAAAACACUUAAUCUUUCAAUGCUCGAUCAACUGACUUUCCAAAACUAUAUUCCACUCUUGAUUCUUUACAAGUCCGAAUUAACUAGAAGUAGUAUUUAUGUUUUGAAGAAAUCUUUGUCUGAAACUCUAAAAAUGUACUACCCUUUUGCGGGUAGACUUAGAAAAGAUAGCGUCACUGUUGAUUGCGGAGACCAGGGCGUUGUUUUUGUGGAAGCAAAGAUGUCAGGGUGUACAUUAUCCGAUUUCCUUCAGAAUCCAAACCUCGAGAGACAAAAGUUACUAUUUGCUGAAGGUUUCUUGUGGAAAGGGUCAUGCAUAGGUGAGCCUUUUGUAGCGGUUCAAGUAACCUCUUUUGAAGGGGGUGGAAUGGCGGUUGGUUUUACUAUAUCACAUAAGGUUGCAGACGGGUGCACAUAUGGUACUUUUCUAAGUGAUUGGGCUGCUAUGGCUCGCGGUGAAAUGAGACCAGAACCAAUUAUUCUGGCAAAACUCAUCCCUUCGCCGGAUCUUAAACUUAACGUACCAGAAAUUGUGAUGAACCAAAGUAGAAAUUGUGUGACAAAAAGGUUCGCUUUUGGUUCCAAGAAAAUAGCGGAGUUAAAAAAUUCUGUUGCCGGGUUUGUAGAGAACCCUACAAGUGUUGAAGUUGUGACUGCACAUCUUUACAUGUGUGUGAAUGUUGCUUCUAUGGCAAAGACAGGUUCUUUUAGAAAAUCUACAUGGAUGCAGCUAGUAAAUAUGCGGCCACGAAUGACAAAGCCAUUACCAUAUAACUGUAUAGGAAACUUUAGUUGGUACUUCACAAUAUCAAAUAAUGGUAGCCAAACAAGUCUAUCCAAUUUAGUACUUGAGAUGAAGAACGGUAUUAAAGGACUCUGCAAUGGCGGUAAUAAUGUUGAAUUAAGUAAUUGGUUGAUGGGUAUUAAGAAAUCUACAGGCAAUGCAAAGGAGUUGUUUGAUGAUGUUGAUGUUUACAGGUGUAGUAGCAUGGUUAGGAGUCCUUUUCACGACAUUGAUUUUGGAUGGGGUAGUCCGGUUUGGGUUACCCUUGCAGAUGCGACGAUGAAGAACACAUUCGUGUUGUUCGAUAUGCCAGAUGGAGAUGGAAUUGAAGCUGUGGUCAGCAUCGAAGAAGACACUAUGAGACUAUUUCAAAGCGUGUACAACAAAGAUACGAGGGAGCACGAAGAUAGGAAAUUUAUGUCACACUUAUAAGUGUGCAAAGUAGUUUAAACAUCUUUUAAUUUUUUGCUUUAAAACUGUAAGAAUAAUACAACUUUGGUUGUGUACUUGUUGUCGUUAGUCUUUUUAUCUUCUGUUUAUG